GUAGCAGUGCUGUCUCUGCUCGCAGUGCCAUGUCUCGGCCACAGCAGAGGAAGACUCGGCUUAGCGGCUGAACAAGAAGAAGAAGAAGAAGAAGAGCAAGAGCUGUGAGAAAGUCAAGAGAGACUCCGCGAUCAGCGUGGCGGAGACCCGAGGAAGAGAAGAGCCGCUGCUGAUCUGCCCGUCCCCCUUCCACCAGACGCGGCCCGAGGGAAGCUGACGCGCCGCCAAGGACUCGCUGUCGUGUCGCCCGAGGAUCGCCCGCCACCGCACGAUGGGGAACGCAGCGACCGCCAAGAAAGGCAAUGAACUGGAGAGCGAGACUUUUGUGAAAGAGUUUCUAGCCAAAGCCAAAGAAGAUUUCUUGAGGAAAUGGGAAUCGCCACCACAGAGCACAACUGGCUUAGAUGACUUCGACAGACUGAAGACGCUGGGCACAGGGUCCUUCGGCAGGGUCAUGCUGGUCAAACACAAGGCCUCUGAUCAGUUCUACGCCAUGAAAGUGCUGGACAAACAGAAGGUGGUGAAGUUGAAACAAGUGGAGCAUACGCUAAACGAGAAGAGAAUAUUACAAGCCGUGUCGUUCCCGUUCCUCGUCAGAUUGGAAUACGCCUUCAAGGAUAACUCUAAUUUGUAUAUGGUGAUGGAGUAUGUGCCGGGAGGAGAGAUGUUCUCGCACCUCAGGAGAAUCGGCCGGUUCAGUGAACCGCACGCACGGUUUUAUGCGGCACAGAUCGUCCUGACCUUCGAGUACCUCCACUCACUAGACCUCAUCUACAGAGACCUGAAACCUGAGAACCUCCUCAUCGACCAGCAGGGGUACAUACAGGUCACAGACUUCGGGUUUGCGAAGAGAGUAAAAGGCAGGACCUGGACGUUGUGUGGGACUCCGGAGUACCUGGCGCCAGAGAUCAUCCUCAGCAAGGGGUACAACAAGGCUGUGGACUGGUGGGCUCUCGGCGUGCUCAUAUAUGAAAUGGCGGCUGGAUAUCCCCCGUUUUUUGCAGACCAACCCAUCCAGAUCUACGAGAAGAUCGUGUCUGGAAAGGUCCGGUUCCCCUCGCACUUCAGCUCGGACCUGAAGGACCUGCUGAGGAACCUGCUGCAGGUGGACCUCACCAAGCGCUUCGGGAACCUGAGGAACGGGGUCAGCGACAUCAAGAACCACAAGUGGUUCGCCACGACGGAUUGGAUCGCCAUCUACGAGAGGAAGGUGGAGGCGCCGUUCAUACCAAAGUGCAGAGGCCCCGGAGACACCAGCAACUUCGACGACUACGAGGAGGAGGACAUCCGUGUGUCUCUCACAGAAAAAUGUGCAAAGGAGUUCUCAGAGUUUUAAUCAUGGACACAUCAAAGCAUAUAUACACAUAUGUGCUCCUCUAUAUAUGUGCAUAUAUGUGUGUGUGUGCGUCACACGACACGUCAAAUAAGGGUAUCUUUGCACUCUAAAGACAUGGGAUGAGCAGAGAGCACAUCACCCUUCCUUCAUUCCUCCAUCCAUCCAUCCAUCAUCCGGCUUUAGAGAGGUCAGAGGUCACUCUUAACCGUCACACACUGGCACAUCUCUCACUCCUGUAACUCACUCUCGUCCUCCGUUAAACGAACCCCGUUUGAAAGAUGCUUUAGUACACUCGAAGGCCGAUUCAGCAUUGUUACUCUUGAUUUAGUUGUUCACGGCAGCGUCUCUCAGUGUUGUGAAAGGUAGGCGUCGCCUAUUGGCAUUUCUGGUGUUACACGUCGUUUUAUUUGAUUUUUACCGUAGACCAAAACAACUGACAACUUUCUUUUGUUUUGUUUGUUUGUUACAUGUGCAAAUCUGUUGAAUUCAGAGUGUAUUUCUGUUAUCUGAAGCACCGUGUGUGUGUGUGUGUGUGUUGAAAGCAUGACCAAACGUAUCAUGUUGUGAAUGGUGGCGGCGGUGGAGAUCCCGAAGUUACAGCGAUCUCGACGGUACACUGAAGGUCCAGUCUCAUGCAUAUACUGACAGAUGAUGUUAGCAAUAUGAACUAUAUCUUAUUUUACCACUUCAUUAUGCAAAGGUUUUAUUCUCAAGUGUAAGAUAGAACCGGUUCACUUUGAUCAUUUUAAGAGUGCUGUUUAUUAUCUGAUAUUUAAAACUAAGGAAAACAGCAGAUGUAUUGGUGCGGCGUGCUGUGGGAUGAGGAUCGGGAACCAGCAGCUUCAGUCCUGAGGGGUUCACUUCAGAGUUACAAUCUCAUGAUCGUUUACUCUCUCACACGCCACUCAAGAUCAGGCUGAGUGUCACCAAGAGUCUUGAAAAGUCUGGAAGUCUGGAAACCUGGGAAUAAAUUAUGCUUUAGCGUGAAUGGACCGAAUCAGUCACUUCACUCUCGGGCUUGUUCAGUUCCAGCUCAUCGGUCACUGCUCGAGAGAAAUCAAAAACUUCCAGUUUAGUGUUCGUUUUCUUCUAUUUUCCACAUUUAUUCCUGUCGUGAUCUCUGCGAAGACUUGCUCGUACUC